AUCUCUGUCAUGUAACUCCACCAGCUCUCUUGCUCAGUAUUCAGAAAAUGUUUUUUCUUGCAAUUCUGCUGUUUUCCUACUGUCAAAUGUCUCAGCAUAUACAGAAAACUACUGCAAAUGGCAAAGAGAUGCUGUCCAAUCCCAAGCUUGUACUGGUUCAGGGGACGUCGAAUGUGGUGAUGAAGCAGAAUGUGACCCUCUCCUGCCUCUCUGAGCCUGGAUCUCCACCUGUGAGAUACACCCUGUUCAAGCACAACCAGCAGGUAUCUGCUUUAAACAGGUCAGACUUGACCCCUGCACUGUUCACCCUGACCAUCAGCUCUGCCAGCGACAUGGGGGAAUACAAGUGCAAAGCUGAGUAUAACAACUCCAGUGGUGGAAAAUACAGCAACAGCCUCAAGAUCACCCUCAUAGAGCCAAUUUCCAAACCAGUGCUGAGCUCACCCACGUCUCAGGCAAAGAAAGGCCAGAACGUGACCCUGUCCUGUUUCUCGGAGAACGGAUCCCUUCCCAUCACAUAUCUAUUCUUCAAAGGAACACAAAACAUUUCUCCCCAAAAGACGAUGCGGAAGAGGGAAGCAGCUGUGAUUUUUCUAUUUAUCGACUCCCUUAGUGACUUUGGAACCUAUAAAUGCAAAGCUAAUAACAGUUUUCCCAAUAAUACAAAAUACAGCAAUGGUUUCAACUUUACAUUAGCAGAAGAGAGAAGCCAUUCUCAGCCCCUGAUAAUUUCUCUUGGGCUGAUCCUGCUACUACUCAUAAUAGGAUUUGCUCUGGCAAUUCCAUUUUUCGUAAUUCCUUUGUAUAAAGCAAAAAAAUUUAAGUCUACCAGGCCGCCAAUUGGCCUUACUUCAACAGUGAAUGCAGAGGAGUCUGAAAAUGAAGUCAUAUACUCAGAGAUUGAGCCUGUUAAACCAGAAGAAUACAUCAAUUUCUGUGUUAUUAGAAGAGAAGAGGAAAAAGCAGGGAAGAGGGCAUGUUCUACAGUCUAUUCAAAGGUCCUCAUCAGAGACUGAGUACCAGGUAACCUGGAAGACCCAGAUUUGACAGAAAACACAUGCACCACCAAGUUUUUGCAGUGAAACCACUAAGUCCAUGACAACGCUGAAA